UGCCAGAUUUUCGACCAUUUUGAUGUGUACGAGCUGAAGCUAGCGUCCCUUGUGUGCCGGCGUUGGUCGACGCUUACUUUUUCGGGGCGUAGGAUGAACCGCGUGAUGUUGAAGAUGUAUUAUUCCAAAUCUGACUUUUUGUUCAAAACGAAACGACACUACCGCAACAUUCGUCAAAGGGGGGGGAAAGAUGAUCAGUUUGAAGGCUUAGUACGGUUACUAAACACCCCAAAGCCUAAUGUCCUAAUGUUGGACCUACAAUGUACUCUAACUUCCGAGCAAAUACGAUUGCUUCUGCUGAAAACUCCUGAACUGCAGCAAGUGUCGUUUAGUUCCAUUGCGCACAACGGCGAAACGAAUGGUCCGUUCCCGGUUUUAGCGAAGUUGAAAUCGCUGGGGCUCGAUAAUUCGAUAAGCGAUCAAAUUGACUUCUUCCGUACGAGUAUGCCAAAUUUGCAGAGUCUUCACAUGUUCUGUGAAACUGGUUUUGAACUGGAAACAUGGAAACGCCUGAGUGGGCAGUUAAAAUUAGUUCAUGUGCAUAAUUUUAAUACCAAUUACGUGUAUUCUUUUCUCGAGAUAACGUUCCCACUCCUCGAGGAUUUGGCCAUGGGUUUAUACAGCCAUAUAUAUGAAGGAAGUCGUGAUUUUUUUCAAAGGCACCCCUUCCUUCGGAAACUUUCCUUGUGCGGUACUAUUCCGCUAGAAUGGGUUACAUCUUUUUCUCGCCAUUGUCCUGAGCUGUCACAUUUAGACCUUUUUCUGGAAGAACCGGAAGAUGGUUAUUUACAGUCGCUGGUGCAGCUAACUAAGCUAACGCACCUGUCAUUAGAGGGAGAAGUGCACGGUGAAAUUUUUCGUGGUGCUAUCAAGUCUCUCGAAUUCGUGGAAUUGAAUGUUAAGUAUCCUAGAUUUUUGUACGAGGACCUUCCUCGAGUUGCGCCACGGUUGAACGGUCUGAAACUCAAGAUCGCCGAUUGCGAAUUUUAUGUGAUAGAACUCAUCUGCAAGUGGUUUUCUCGUCUCCAACACUUAGAAGUAGAAAUGGGAUUUGUGCCAGAAAUGGAGGAUUAUGAACGAUGUGAAAGAUUAGUAGACUUGGAGGAACAUGAAUUAUGGAGAAAUUGUGGCUUUCAUUACACUCAGCACAGCAACGUUCGGUGCUUGACAAUGCUCGGUUGUUCGCUAACGGAUGCUGACCUUAACGAGAUACCGGAAAUGUUCCCGUCGCUUAAAAGAUUGACCAUCGCCAGGGGUCUGAGUUUGGACCCGGUGUCUGAUUCUGCUUUCGAAAGAAUGCACAAAUUGAUGCCGUCGUGCAGAAUCGACUAUGAUGACGAACGCUUCUAUCCAAUUGGCGAUAGUGCUUCGAAUUGAAAGACGCCUGCAAUGGAAAGAAGGAACAGCUUCGAAAUCUGCUUCAAUACAAAUACAAGACCA